AUGUGGAAAAGUCAUUUGAAUCAGAAGAUGGCAGACAGAGAGAGGAAGAAAAGAUCAUGGAUGGUGCAGUGGGAUAGGGAGGCAGAUAAUAAUGCCACAACUUUGCCGCUGGGCACAGUCAGGUCAGACAAUGACAAUAGACGGGAAAUGGAUAUUUAUGCGCAGCUUGAGUUUAUGAAGUUGGCAGCCCUGGUACGAUGCAACUCUGAGAAUAAGCGACCAGAUUCUAAUGACGAUCCUAGCAGGACAUUCAUUUGCCUGAACAUUGGGAAAGGACUAAAAUUGACCCAUCAACGCCUGUUGGUUGGAAGCCUAACUUUAAAUAUCCUGUUACUGACUGUCUGCGUCUCUUUGCUGUUACUUUAUCUAAAGGUCGAUGUCAAGGUUAGCAGAGACCUAGAGGAGGAGCUGCGCAUGAACCAGAGUUACUUGUCGGAGUUCCUACAGGAGGAGAAGGAGCUCAGCAACGUUUUGCACACAAACCUAUCCUCAUUAUGGCAGGAACACACUUUUCUGAGGGAAAACACUCUGUCCUUGCUGCUGUACAACCAGACACAACACCUGCAGGCGAUUGAAAAUCUGGAACAGGGAUUAAAGGUCAUAAACGAGAACUUUAGUCUACUGGAGGAACAGUAUACGUACCUGAAAGAGAAUCACCUCCUUGUGCCUCGCAAGAGCAUCCUUCUAGAGAACUGCAAGCAAGGGGAUCUAAAGAUUGCCAGUAUGGUGUGUCCCUACUGCUCCCCUGGAUGGCAGCUCUUCAAUAUGUCCUGUUAUUUGCUGUCUUCGUCUGCUCUCAGUUGGCAGGAGAGCAUGCAAUGGUGUCGCAGGAAAGGAGCCCAUCUGGCUGUGAUCAACAAUGCUGAGAAGCAGUAUUUCAUGCUGGGGUUAGUGAAGAAGACCUCCUGGAUUGGACUAUCAGAUCGUGAUUUGGAAGGAGAUUGGCGCUGGGUGGAUGGAACCCCUUAUGAUAAAACUACCACAUUCUGGAGUUUGAAGCAGCCAAACAAUGCCGGGAACGAAGAUUGCGUUACUCUGUCUCCUGGCACAGGGUGGAAUGAUGACAAAUGUUUCAAAGCAUAUAAUAUAGUAUGUGAGCAUAAUGCCUAUCAGCUCAGUCUCAAUGGGGACAUGCUCAGUAACUAAGUUUCAGAGAAAAAAGAAA